AACAAAGACCUCAGGGAAUUAGAGCCUUGGACCCAAGGACUCUAUCUAAAAGCACCUACCAUGAUACCUACUCACCUUUCCUAGUGAGCAGAUCAGAUUCUUGCUGCAAUACAUGCCACUUCAGUUGACAUCACAAGCCCCCUUUCUUUGGGAAAAAUUCAUGGAUUUAGCUAGUUUCCUGAUCACUCUAUGGGAAGGAAACUCAAGAAGACACCAGAGCUGGGUUCUUCAAGAAGAGAAUAGACGAUUCUGACCAAAUACUCAGACCCAUGGAAAGAAGAAAUCAAACAAGCAUCUCUGAGUUCAUCCUCCUGGGCCUUUCAAACCAGCCUGAACAGGAGAGACUUCUAUUUUUCCUAUUCCUGGUUAUGUACCUGAUCACAGUGCUAUGGAAUCUGCUCAUCAUUCUGGCCAUUAGAACUGACGCCCACCUUCACACCCCCAUGUACUUCUUCCUUACCAAUUUGUCCCUCGGUGAUAUUUGCUUCACAUCCAGUUCUGUCCCCAAGAUGUUGGUUAACUACAUAUUUGGAAAUAAAGCAAUUACUUAUAUGAGCUGUCUGGCACAAGUAUUCUUCUGCCUCUUGUUUGGAGGAAUAGAUAGUGUCAUCCUUGCUUCCAUGGCCUAUGACCGUUAUGUAGCCAUCUGUGCCCCAUUACACUAUAAUAUGAUCAUGAGCCAAAAAGUCUGUGCCUCUCUUGGAGCAAUGUGCUGGCUUUGGGCCUGUAUUGAUGCCCUGAUUCACACUGUCUCUCUAACCCAACUUUCAUUCUGUGGCCAAAAUGAAAUCCCUCAUUUCUUCUGUGAACUCAGUGUGGUCAUAAGGUUGGCCUGCUCAGAUACCUUACUCAAUGACUUGAUGGUCUACAUAUUAGGCAGCCUGACAGCUGUUAUGCCCUUUAUCGGCAUCCUCGUCUCCUACACAUGUAUUUUCAUUGCUGUCCUGAAGAUCCCCUCCACUCAUGGGAGAAGGAAAGCUUUCAACACUUGUGGGUCCCACCUAGCUGUGGUCUGUCUCUUCUAUGGAACAGUAAUUGGAGUGUACUUCAACCCCAGAUCCACCCAUACAGCCCAAAAGGAUACAGCAGCAGCUAUGAUGUACACUAUAGUCACCCCCAUGCUGAACCCUUUCAUCUACAGUUUAAGGAACAAUGAUAUGAAAAGAGCCCUGAGGAUGCUUUUCAGCAGAAAACCAGAUCUCUCCCUAUGAUUGUAGAUAUCUGUUGGGCCUGGCUGCCUUUGUCUCAGACAAUUAUCCAAUGGUUUAACAAAUUUUUAAUAAAACUUCCCAAGUGUAAUUAAUAUAAUUGUUCACCUUUUACCCUACACUAGUAGAGAUAUACUGAGAUAAGAAGGCUAUAGUAGCUUUGCUUCUCCUUCUGGUUCUUUUCACUUCUUAGUUCAGCAGUUACCUAAUGACCUGUGCCUCAGUUUCCUCAUCUGAAGAAUAUA